ACAAUUUGUGAGCCCAUGGGCGGGAGCCGUCACCAUGGCCAUGAAAAUUACAGCCCACGUGAGGUAUAUAUGCCUAGGCUUCGAAUGGAAUAUAUACAGAUAACUGGUCCAGAAAUGAUUGUCGCAGCUGGAAUUCUGUUCUGCUUUGUGGCCCUUUUCCGAGGAGUCAGCACUUCAGAGCAAAUCGACCACAGGGACUUCCAAUACAACUCCCUAGUGGACAGCCGAACUGGACGUUACAACUUCGCUUAUGACACGGGAAACGAUAACGAUAUUGCGCAUUCUUUGCAUAUGGAAUACCGCGAUGCAAAUGGAAUCGUGCGUGGCAGAUAUGGUUACACAGAUCCUAGAGGGAAACUGAGGGUGGUAGAAUACGAAGCUGGACCUGAUGGUUUUAAGGCACGUGGAGAUGUAGGGCCUGAUCUCUUUCCCCAUGAUGAAGCUCCUGAACUGAGUAACUCUUCUCCAACUUUAGGUUCCUUGAUCCAGUCUCCAGGAGACGACUUGCAGUUGGUCCCAGCCCCAAUACAGAUGGCUGGUUGGGAUCCUUUUGCGAAUCCCAUGGGGAAAGUGAGUGGAGAUUCAGGAACUUUCUAUCCUGACAGUGUGAGUGGAGUAUCAUAUUUUUCCAGGGAAAAUGGUGCGGAUAAUAUCACCAACAAUGAGCAAGAGACAAAUGAUGGCCGGGAAGUGGAAUCCUAUGUUGAUGGCUAUCCCGUGGUAUCCUUUACUUCGAGUGAUAUCAGCGAUGGAAAGGAAGUGCAAAGUCUGGAUUUACAAAAGCCUGAAAACGAAAUUCAGUCCGAACAGAAUAGGGGAAGUGUUCCUUUAAAUAUCUAUAACAUUGACGUGAGUCCUGAUGAGAUACGUGUAGCUAGCGGCCCAGUGCGUCGGUCCGCUGACGGAAACACCGGUAGGACAGAUAGUCGACUAUCUAAUUACCAACAAAUGGAAAACCGAUACCAACCAUACCGAGUGAAAGCGAUAUACGUCCCACGACAAACUCAUGACCACGAUGCUGAAAUUCGAUACGCUCGACGACAGACUCACGAUCACGAUGCUGAAACCAGAUAUCCUCGACCGCGAACUCACGAUCACGAUACUGAGGUUAGGUAUGCUCGAAGACAAACGCAUGAUCACGAUGCUGAAAGGAGAUACCCUCGAAGACAAACUCAUGACCACGAUGCUGAAACCAGAUACCCUCAAAGACAGACUCACGAUCAUGCGGCUGAAUGGAGGAGAUAUUACGGACAAAUUCACGAUCACUCAAAGCAUUCACCACCUAGGAGAAUAUUUUACAGGGAUAGUCAUAGCAUGGAACCCCACGAGCAUUAUAACAAUCCAGUAUACCAAAAUUAUCGCGACCAUCAACAUUCAGAUGUCCAUCUUUAUGGCAGAUCUCAAAACUAUGCUAGUUAUCAUGUAACUGCAAAACCACGGCAGUUAAAAUACAUACCAGCAGACAAAUAUCAUGAUAAAUACUAUUACUGGAUUUAUGAUUAAUAAUUUAUAAGAAAACAGUUUACUAAAUUUCUAUCGGAACUUUAAUUAAAAACAAUUUAAGUAGCAUCAUUCUUUCAUAAAAUAACUACUUGUUUUAAUGUGCAUUGAUUUUAUCUUUCAAAGCAUAGAAAUUUUCAGCCAAUAAGGCUUAUUUUAUUUUAGUUUGUCAAUAAUUCUUCCUUUCCAAAGAUCAUCCCACAAGUUCAAUAUGAUGGUACCAUUUCUGAAAAGUUGUAUCAUUUCGCCUCCUUUUAAUAUUUCUCAUACAGCAAAAUCACAGAGAUGUUUUAUUUAUUUAUUUAUCUUUCAAAUGCAUACUAACAUAAAUUAAAAUAAAAAAAUUUAAAAAUUAGUAUAUAGGGGUAUUAUUAUUUCAAUUAAUCAUUUUUUAUAAGUUCAGCCUUUACUGUAACUUCUCCUUUCCUUUUCCUCACCAGAAAUGUAAAGCAGAGAGUAUUUAACGUGAGGUUUGGGGAUCCUGAAACAGAGCGUCUUUCUGCCUCUCGAGGCUACGUUCCCAGGUUUCGCCAGCUCUAGUAAGAUUGGAAUUUUUCGGGCUUUGCGUCAUAGCUGCUGAAAUUUAAAUUGUUACGGUGAGAAGUUCGAAGCCAGCUGAGAAUUUAAGUUAAUUCCUUAGUCUUUGACUAGGCUUAGUUUCAAUUCUACAAAUUUACUGUUAAAUUUUAUCGCUACAAGUGGUGGCUGAUAUUGGGAGCACAAUACGUGCAUUUAUGUUCAAGUUCUGAUGUUAAUAAAAUGUUAUUUUAAACUUUUCAAGGCUCUGUAGUUAAUUUUAGACUCAGCAAUCAUUCGCUAGGAGUCAGAAACUAGUUUAUACAGCCAAAGAAAGUCAAACUGUAUAAGUAAAAGGAGCGUUAAAAAGUAUAUAGGCACAAUACAAGAUUAUUGUAAUAAAUUAAUGAUUGUAAUGUAUGUUGGAAUAAUGAAAAAUUAGAAUAUUAAAUAUUUAUCACAAAUAAAUUGUUUAUUGCUACGUGACUGCUGUUUUGUGUUGUAAGUAAUUCUGAAUAUUUUUGUAGUUAUAAGUUAAACAAAUAGUUUAGUUUUAACAUUAUCACUUUCUUCUUAUGCUCUUGCUUCCUCUCAACUCCUUUAAAAACGAUUCGUAUAAGAGAAUAUUUCAGCAGUAAACAGAAGAAUCGUGAACAUCACUUGUGAUAGUUAAUCCCACUAUAAAAGCUUCGCGACAGUUCGUAACACUCUGUCGGUGACUGAAAGCGAAAGAUCGUUGUGACUGCAGGUAAUUGAAUGUUAGUAAGGUUCAGUGUUAGUUCCACUGAUGACGAUUAUAGUAUAAAACAGAAAAAAUAAGACAUAAUUGAUUUCUUAGUUUUAAAAGCAGGGAAGUUUGUGUGGAUGUUUUAAUUUGUAUUUAUUCUGACCCUAAGAGGUAAUACAGAAUCUUGAACUGUAAUUUGUAUGUGAGUUUGUAAGAAGAGACAAAUAAAGUAUAUAAACCUG